AUAUGUUUUGACUAAUACAUGAUGAUAAAAAAUUUGCCGGGAAACCGCCUACUAAUUGAUAUAUUUGGUAAAUUAGAACUCUCUCGUGGUCCGGUGAGAGAGUUCCGACGGUUAGAUUUCGAAUUGUUUUAGGCUCUGAAAUUUACCGCUCUGCCUCCCUCUCGUGGCCGCUAAAUGCGCAGGCAAGCAGCAUUAUUAUUAUCGAUCCACGGUAUUUCAGUGUACACACUUUGUUGCCUCCCUAUCGUUCGCGUUCAUCAGCUGUUGUUCAUUGAUUAUAUCGUCGUUGCUCGCACUCUGGUUCUACUUUUGCCAUAAGUAUACUAUCUCGAUUUAUUUAGAGAGUGACAUUUUAACGGUUUUAAACGACUGGCUUUUCGACUGGCUUUUCGAUAUAAACAUGGAAGGGAAGAAACGGGGACCGAAGCCUGCUUCUCCAGCGACGAGGAAGGCUCGCGCGGUAGCAUCACAGGCUAAGUAUCUGAGGAACCGUGUGCCACCGGCAGGCGGCCCCGGGUGGCGUGCUUUCAAGGUCCGGAUUGAGACGUUCAACAAGUGGCGCACGGCACAACACGAGAUGAAGUUGACCCACACUGACUUUGCAAAUCAUCUUCUUCAAUUGCAUGAAUCCAGAUCAUCAACUCCUGAUCAUCAUAGGCAGAAGAAGAGACAAGGAGUUCCUUUGCUUGCGUCAACCCCAUCCCACCGAGGUGCAAGAGUGCCUUUACAUUCAGACAGCAGUUCAUCUGAUGUAGCCUCUUUAGCAUCAACGAUACACCCGGACAAGUCAGAAGAGAAUGCUCCUGGAACAGUCAGCUCAGUACAGCAGGCUACAGUUUCAAUUCCCCAAGUUAUGGCUGAAGAUUUAGACCUCAGUGUGAGUUUCAUGGAGAAGGGAGAUUUUGUAUUUCCUCAUGAAAAGGAGGAAGAGGAUGCCAUCGAUGAUGACUUUGAUCCAGAGUUCCGCCUACAAAGAAGAGAACAAUUCACAAGAGAUCUCCUAAUCGUAGGGGAAGAAGAGGAAGAGGUGUUAGGAGACGAGACGGACGGACAGGACGAGCCAGAGGACUUCACCCGAUCAGGUCUCCACAAAAAGAUUGGUGUAGAAGAGGCAGCAGAGGCUGAUCUCUUCAUCAUCACUGGGAAGAGGCUGAAGGCCCUUGCCCAGGAGGCAAACCCUGUGUGCCAGCAGUGCCAGGCAGCUGUAUAUCUAACUCUUCGGCCAGCUAAUGGUACAGCCGCCCACAUAACAUGGGUGUGUCCUGAAGGCCACCAGAGGGGAUUCUGCUCCCAGGAAAUGAGUGGCAGGAGCCAUGUGGGAGACAUGAUGAUGUCUUCAGCGAUUCUCCUCUCCGGGAACAAUUUUGAUAAAAUUCAAAAACUUGCAACAUUUGCAAGGUUGAAUUUUUUGUCGAAAACAACCUUCCAGCAGCAGCAGGCUAAUUAUAUAAUCCCAGCUAUAGAGAGCCAUUGGGAGAGAGUACAAAAAGAAACUCGUGAGAAACACCACGCUUCCCCCGUUGUUGUGUGUGGCGAUGCAAGGAACGACAGCCCUGGGCAUUGCGCCCAGUACUGCACAUACACCUUCAUGGAGCACACAACCAACGAUGUGCUCCAUGUUGGUUUUGUCGACAAGCGACAGACGGCCUCCAAAAGCCCUAAUAUGGAGCUGAAGGGAUUCAAGGAUGGACUCGAAGCUAUGACAGAGAACGGCCUGACAGUCAAGGAGGUAGUCACCGAUGCCCAUCCCUCCAUAGCAAAGAACAUGAGAGAGACCAGACCGGACAUUGUUCAUUCAUGGGAUGUCUGGCAUGGUUCGAAGAACCUCAGCAAGAAGCUGGCGAAGGCCUCAACAAAGGCAGCAAGAAGGCCAUUGGUGUACUGGGUCAAGCACAUCAUUCGCCAUUUCUGGUACUGCUCAAAAACAUGUGGAGGGAGUGUUACUAAAUUCAAGGCAAUGUGGCAUGGUCUCACCCAUCAUGUAACAAAUACACACUCGUGGAAAGCUGGUCUUGGUGGAUCUACUGAGUGUGAACACGGUGAGCUGGAUGAGCGCGAAGAGUGGCUGGGACGUGGGAGUGAAGCACACAAGGCUCUUGUGCAAGUGUGCUACGACAAGCGCUUUAUCAACAACUUCCACCACUACAUCAACUUCCGCCACACAAGCAUGCUGGAGAGCCUUCACAACCACAUCUUGAUGUAUGCCUCCAAGAGGUUUUCUUUCCAGUAUCCCGCAUACAGAGCCAGGAAUCUACUUGCUGUGAUUGAUUUCAUGGCCCACAAGGACCGACCAGACCAGUUGGAUAAAGAAGGCAACCCAAAGUAUGUGGCAGUCUGGUCCAAACAUGGAGGUGACUACGUGGCUAGGAAGCGUAAGGUGCCCAAGACCUACACGUAUGUUGGCGACAUCAUGAGGGACAUCUUCGCAAGAAGGACAGCCGAUGACCAGCCAAUGUUUCGGCAGGCACUUCUAAGACUAGACGACCCCAGACGGUUUCAGCCCCGCCUUGCUCCAUUCCCGCCCCCUCCAGUUGCAGACAUCCUGGCCAGGAGAGCAGGGAGAAUGGAACUCACAGAAAGUGAGGCAGAAAGUGAGGUAGACUGAUGGACCAAACGACCCAAGACGGCUGUAGCCGGGUCUUGGUUAAGAUUUUGUCAUUCUCCACAUUUACUUGUACCAUAAUGCUUGUCCAUAAACAGUAGCAUAAGAUUAUUUCAAAAUGCAUGUUUGAUGAUUUGUAUACAAGGUGUCGUUUUAUAUUCUUUAAGAUUAUUUUGUGACAAUUUAAUACACUUUUAAGUUGGCUUAUGUUUUCGGGUUGUCCGUACGUCCCGUUCUCGUGAUCGCGUUAUCUCAAGAACCGAUUGAUGGAUUCUUGCCAAACUUAGUUCAUGUAUGUAUCUUGC